CUGCACCUAUUGUCUCUGUUUCUCUGUGGGUGUGACUGUGUGAUACUUUGUCGUGUUUCCCUACUGCCCGACUCCUGGUGGCAUGGGCAUGAGUGUAAUUAUUUCACACUGUCACAGGUAUUCGAGAAGGAGACUGGCUCCAUCACCGUACACGCCAUCAGAGUCCUGACGGCCAUCAUGAAGAACUCCCCCUCCGCCAAGGAGGUAUUUAAGGAACGCAUUGGGUAUCCCCACCUGUACGAGGUACUAAAGAGCCAGGGAGAGCCCACCACGCGUCUCCUCCAGGAGCUGAUGAACAUGGCUGUAGAGGAUGAGAGUACAUGCGAGCACACGGUGAUCAGCAAUGAGCAGCCGCUGCUGAUGUUGACCCAGUGGCUGCCGGAGCUGACGUCCCGUGAGCGGCAGAUCCUGGUGUCGGAGUGGCUGAAGAAGGUGUGCGGCGCCUCGCUGCGGGCGCGGAUGACGGGCGUGAAGGCGGGCAUGCUGCCGGCCGCGCUGGCCUCCCUCGGCCACCACCCGCAGCUGGACCGCAAGUGCGGGGACAAUCUGGUGGACCUGCUCCAGUCGCUCGGCAGCCUCUCCAUCCAGCCGGCCGAGCUCCGGCAGCUGAUCAAACUCCUGCGGGUGGAGGAGGAGGAGGAGGAGGGGGGCGGGGCGCACCCCUACACCGCCCGCGUGGUCCGGGCGCUGUCCGCCAUGGCCGACAGCGACGGCUCCGACAGCGCGCUCCAGUACUUCGAUCUGACGCCCAGCAUGGCCGGGAUAAUGGUUCCCACCAUCCACAAGUGGCCGGGGAACAGCUUCGCCUUCCACACCUGGCUCUGCCUCAACCAGGAGCAAGACGACCUCUACCUGUUGAAACACAGACCCAAGAGGAAGCAACUCUACAGUUUCUUCACAGCCAGUGGCACAGGCUUCGAGGCGUUCUUCACUGCCGACGGGAUGUUGGUGGUCGCCGUUUGCACCAAGAGAGAAUACAUGACCGUGGCUGUCCCCGACUUCACCUUCAGCGAUUCAACCUGGCACUGUGUGGACAUUGUCCACAUCGCCGGCCGACGACCAUUUGGACAGAACGUGGUCAACAUCUACGCCGACGGUUACCUGAGGAAGACCGCCCAGUUACGGUUCCCGUCCCUCAACGAGUCGUUCAUCUAUUGCUGCAUUGGCUCGGCCGGGCACAGGACGACCACCACCGUGGUGACAUCGCCCAGCCCGACGGCGGAGGUACCCUUCGCCCAGCACCCGUCCUUCGGCCGUUCGCUCUCCUUCCCCGCCUCCCACUACCGGGACCCCGUCCUCAUGCCCGCCAUCGUCAACACCAUCUCCGCAGGGUCCCAGGACACGGACUGGGGCUCGCCCACCUCCCUGCAGGGACAGCUGGGCUCCGUCUUUGUCUUCCACGAUGCCCUACAACCCAUCCACGUCAAGGCGCUCUUCAUUGGAGGUCCAAACAACCUGUUGCCCUUUAAGCCGGACAGUGAACUCUCCGAUCUGAGCAGCAAAUUACUCCUAUACUACUCCCCCAAGGCCUGCAGAAAUCACAUUUGCUUGGACCUAUCUUCGAAUCAUUCGUAUGAUGGGAGACUGACUGGGCACAACACCAUCAACUGGGAUAUUAAGGAUGUGAUCAGCUGUGUUGGAGGAAUGGGGGCUUUCCUCCCCCUCCUGGAGCAACUGGCAUCCAACAGCGAGGAGCCGCAGGAGAACCAGGAGACGACGGACCUGGUGGGACCUGAGCUGACAUCUUCUCAGAACAUCCAGAGCAUGGUGCUGCCUUUGGGACGGUCCUCGGAGAGUAAAUUGGAGAGAAAUAGCGUGUCUGCUUUCCUGCUCCUGAUCAAGAACUUCAUCCAACAUCAUCCCAUGAACCAGGAGAGUCUGAUCCAGUGCAACGGGCCAGCCAUCAUGGGCGCUCUACUCCAGAAGGUUCCGCGGCAGAAGUUGGACAUGAACGUGCUGAUGGCCUGUCAGUUCCUGCUGGAGCAGGCCGCCAACGAGGGCAACAAUCUUCUGCUCCACUACCUCCACCAGUACCUGCUCUUCGAUUUCCGCAUCUGGAGCCACAGCGACUUUGCCGUGCGAUUAGGACACAUACAGUACUUGUCCACCAUCACUAAAGACCACAAACAGCGUACCCGAAAGAAAUACGGAGUGCAGUACCUCCUGGACUCGAUCCGGACACAUUAUGGGGCACAGAAGGAUCGUCAGGUCACGGCUGAGGUUAAAACGGUGCAGCUCUCCAUCUUCAACCUGCUGAAGGAUUUCAUCUCCAAGACGGUUUCAGCCGAGGAGCUGCACAGCAUUGUUUCCUACAUGGCAGCAGUCAACGAUGAGGACCAGCUCUGUGGUAUUCUGGACGUGCUGCUCAGCCUGUUGAAGGGAGGUCAGUCUCGGGACCAGCUCUACGCCUUGCUCUUUGACCCUGGCUACGUGGAGGUCUUCUACUCCCUGAUCCUGCAGAAGAAGUACUCGGACGAAGUCCGGGAGAAAGUCUUCAGGCUGAUGUACAAGAUGCUGAAGUACGAGAAAAUUAACGAGAGAAGCAAACUGCGGCUGAAACUGAAGGAUAUCGGCUACCUGGGUCUGACCUCGUUCCUGAACGAUUUCCCCGCCUCAGUCUCCCUCAUUCGAUGCCUCUCCGAGCAAGUGCUGUGUUCCGACCCUGUCCCAAACUACAAAGACUUGGUUGCCGUGGUCUACCUGUCCCACAGAGCGGAGCUGACCGUACGUCUGGAUGUGUGUCGGAAGCUUUUCCAUCUGAUUUACUCCCAGCACGAUAUUGUCCGCCAAUUGGCCAAGCAGGCUGGGUGGCAGGACAACCUGACCAAACUGUACGUCAAGGAGUCGUACGAGUCUCGGGAGGCCAGCCUAUCCAGCUCGCUGACCAGUUACUCCAUACAACUGCUGAAGAACUCGUACCAGAACCAAGAUGCGCUGCAGGAGCCUGGCCAGGAGGCGCUGAAACGCAUGAGCAGCCAGCCGGACUACCAGGACUGUGACGUCUUCCUUCCCUUCAGCAUGGAUCUCAGCGACGACAUCUCGGAGGGACAAUCCGACGUCUCCAUGUCUCCCGGUUUCCAACCGGGCAAGAUGAAGGGCUUUGACUCCUUGAACUUCAAGUCGUUCGAUCCGUUGGAGCACGCCAACCCCAUAGACAUCCCCGGCGCGGGGGAGGCCCUCCCCGCCGACCUCGUGGAGGAGGGAUUCUACCAGCCCCUGUCUCCCUUCACCGUUCCCACCUUCGACCUGGGGCCGGAGCUGGGCAGCGCCAGCUCGUUCACCACCGUGGAGAGCGGCAACCUCACCCCCGUCAGCAAGUCGGAGACGCCCUCCCCCCUCGAGAGUUUCAAACCCUUCCCUGGAGCCCGCACCUGGAAAAGCUCCAGCCUCUCCAACGUCCUGGACGACACCAGCUACCAGGACAACCUGCCCAGCGACGAUGCCUCCAACACCAGCAACCCACAGCAAACGCCCGAGGAGGAACUCUGCAACCUGCUGACCAACAUCAUCUUCUCCGUCACCUGGCGCGGGGUGGAGGGGUGCGAGGACGUGGCGUGGAAGGAACGAGGGCAGGUCUUCUCCGUCCUGACCAAGCUCGGCGCGGCCUGUGAGCUGGUGUGUCCCCCGGAUGAAAUCAAGAGAAGCCUGCUGGAGAUGAUGUUGGAGUCCGCGUUCACCGACAUUAAAGACGCCACCAGUAACAUGUUGACCAGCCACGUCCACAACGCUCUGAAGCUGCUCCGACUUCUUCAAGACUUCCUCUUCUCAGAAGGAGAGAGCAAUCCAGCGCUGUGGAGUGAAAAGAUCUUGGAAGGGAGCAUCAACCUACUGGACAAACUGUCCGUUUGGUUCCAUUCAGACAACAGCACGCCAGACCUGAAGGAAAUGGCCCAGAUCGGCCUCAGGUUGAUCCUGGGCUACAUGGUACAAGACGAUAUGCAGGUGUGCGCCAUGGCGUGCGUGAAGCUGCACAGCCUGCUACAGACCAUGCCCAUCCACAAGGAGGAGGCGUGCUACCUGCUGGGCAGGCUGGACCUGCCUCUGCGGCAAUCCAUCCAGCAGAGGUCGGACAUCUUCUCCUAUCUCAUGCCCAUCGUACGCACAUUGAUGGACCAGUGCUACCAGCUGCUGGAGCUCCAGUACCAGCUGCCCUCCUUGCCGCCCACCAACGGCAGCCCAACCUUCUACGAGGACUUCCAGCGCUUCUGCGUCACGGACGAAUGGAGGUCCUUCAUGGAGAAGCACGUUUUAAAAGCCAUGGAUCAAUAUGAGUCGGACACGUUUGACGCAAGCCAUAAACUGAUGUCCGACUUCUGGAACUCCUGCUACGACUCUCUGAUGAGUAGCGCUCUACGGAGGGAGCAUGAGCGGGGAGAGAGUCGCUCCAAGUUCCAGGAGCUGAUGCUGCAGCCGUUCCUGAAGCGGGCUCGCAGCGAGAAUGCGCGGUACGCCAAUGUGCUGAAGCAGAUCAACAGCCACCACCGUGCCGUGCUGCGCCAGUGGAGCUCCCUCCGACGCCUCCUCACCUGCCCACGGGGUGCCUGGGCCCACCGCAACCCCUCUGAAAUCAAAUGGAAACUGGCCAGUGUGGAGACUUACUCGAGAAUGAGACUCAAGUUGGUUCCAAACUACAACUUUGACAAGCAUUUGGAUGCCAGUGCCUUAAGAGAUAAUUUAGGCAGCGAGCAGAGCCGGGUCCCCGCGGACUCGCCCCCUCUCUCCGUGGCCAAGGAGGCGAGAGUGAGUGAGCAGGCGGACGACCAGCUGGGUGAUGAAGACCUGAUGUUCCUCGACAACCAGGUGGAGCCGGAGGAGCCCAGUCUGAAGGAGAAGCUGGUGAUAUCGGAGGAGUGUGAGCUGAUCACGGUGGUGGCGGUGAUCCCGGGGCGACUCGAGGUCACCACCCAGCACAUCUACUUCUACGACGGCAGCUCGGAGAAAGAAGAGACAGAGGAGGGUAUUGGGUACGAUUUCAAACGUCCACUCUGUCAUCUGAGAGAGGUCCAUCUCCGGCGUUAUAACCUGCGGAGAUCGGCACUGGAGUUCUUCUUCAUUGAUCAGUCUAACUACUUUGUCAACUUCAAGAAGAAGGUCCGAAACAAAGUGUACUCGCUAAUCCUGGCCGCCCGGCCACCCAACCUCUUCUACUUCGACAGCCGCUCACCCCAGGAACUGCUGAAAGCAUCUGGAUUAACUCAAAAAUGGGUUCAGAGAAAGAUCUCCAACUUUGAGUACUUGAUGCAACUGAACACCAUUGCGGGGAGAACGUACAACGACCUGUCUCAGUACCCAGUGUUUCCAUGGAUCAUCUGCGAUUACACAUCUGAGGAGUUAGAUGUGAAUAACCCAAGCGUCUUCCGAGAUCUCACUCGCCCCAUUGGCGUGGUGAACGACAAGCAUGCAAAGGAUGUGAAGGAGAAAUUUGAAAGCUUUGAGGACCCGACAGGCAACAUUGAUAAGUUCCACUACGGCACCCACUAUUCCAAUGCGGCUGGAGUGAUGCACUACAUGAUACGCACCGAGCCUUUCACCACCUUACACAUCCAGCUACAGAGCAGCAGGUUUGACUGUGCCGACCGCCAGUUCCACUCCAUCCCCGCUGCCUGGCAGGUCCGGGUGGACAACCCCGUCGAUGUGAAGGAACUAACUCCAGAGUUCUUCUACUUCCCGGAGUUUCUGGAGAACCAGAAUGGGUUCGAUCUCGGCUGCCUCCAGAUGACCAACGAGAACGUGGCUGACAUCGUCCUCCCCAAGUGGGCGUCGUCUCCUGAAGACUUCAUUUACAAGCACAGGAAAGCACUGGAGUCUGAACAUGUCUCAGCAAACCUCCAUGAUUGGAUUGACCUGAUCUUUGGCUACAAGCAGAGGGGGCCUGCAGCAGUUGAAGCUCUCAAUGUCUUUUAUUACUGCACAUAUGAAGGGGCCGUGGAUCUGGACGCAAUCGCCGAUGAAACGGAACGGAAGGCCUUAGAAGGGAUCAUCAGUAACUUCGGGCAAACUCCAUGCCAACUCCUCAAGGAGCCUCACCCACCACGUCUUACCGCUGAGAAUUCUGUCAGGCGAGCCGCAAAGUUCGACAGCUACACCGUCAAUGUGUUUGAACAGCUGGGCCAACUUAAGUCAUUCUUUGUUGAGGGUAUCAGCGAUGCUAUUCCAUUGGUACAGGCUGUGGUGCCAAAAAACCAAGCCCAUACCUUCAUCACACAGGGAUCCCCAGAUGUACUGGUAACAGUGAGUAUGAACGGUCUGAUAGGAACUCAUGGCUGGCUGCCUUACGACAAAAACAUUUCAAAUUACUUCACCUUUACCAAGGACCCCGUCAUCUCCAAUGUAAAAACUCAGCGAUUCCUGUCGGGGCCUCUCGCUCCUGGUAUCGAUUUAUCGCCAAAGAUCCUGGCCGUUUCCCACGACGGAAAGCUGCUAUUCAGCGGCGGUCACUGGGACAACAGUCUCCGGGUAACAUCCUUGAGUAAAGGCAAAGUGACGGGACACAUCACCAGGCACAUCGAUAUAGUGACAUGCCUCGCACUGGACCUCUGUGGUAUUUACCUGAUUUCUGGAUCAAGAGACACCACCUGCAUGGUGUGGCAGGUCAUACAGCAGGGUGGCUUUGCGAGCGGCUUGGCCCAGAAGCCCGUACAAGUGCUCUACGGACAUGAUGAUGUGGUGAACUGCGUGGCCAUCAGCACGGAGCUGGACAUGGCAGUAUCAGGCUCCAAGGAUGGAACGGUGAAUGUGCACACCAUCCGGCGUGGGCAGUUCACCCGGACCCUGAGACCCCCCUGUGAGACCACCCUCCCCGUCACCAUCAACACCCUGGUCGUUGGAUGUGAAGGCCAGAUUGUCAUCCACAGCACCAUCGAGAGCAGGCCCGCACCAAAGGAUAAAAUCUUCCUGCAUCUUUAUUCUGUGAACGGCAAGCACCUUGCAUCCGUGACGAUGGACGAGCAGGUGUCCACCAUGAGUAUCGUCGAGGAGUUUGUGGUUCUGGGCACCGACCAGUGCUCUCUACAUGUACGGGAUCUUCAAAGUUUGAAGAGUGCAAUGCAACCAAUGGUCAUGAAGGUGCCCAUCCACUGUGUCUCUGUGACCAAAGACAACAGCCAUAUUCUCGUUGGUUUGACCGAUGGGAAACUGAUCGUGGUGGCUUCAGGAAGACCCUCUGAGAUGCGUUCGGGUCAGUUCACCAGGAGGCUGUGGGGCUCCACCAAGCGCAUUUCCCAAGUGUCAUCCGGGGAAACGGAAUACAACAAGACGGACAUGGGCGCAAAGUAAAACUCCACGUCAGUCGUGAGCUGAACUCCACCACGAAUCUACUUCCUGUUACAUUCAGCAAAACAAAACAAAAACUUUUUUCUAUUUAUUUAAAGAGGAAAUAAUUCAGCGGAGCUGGAAGGCGGGAAGAAGAGACAGGCCCUGUGCCUUGUUCAUUAACAUGGCGAGCUGUGUUCACCAACCAAAGCACCUGUAUGAAUCGGAAAGAUUUAAAAGACUCUAUGUUUACAAGAAAAGUGAGAAAGGGUCAGAUGCCUUAACGUCAAGGAUUUUUAAACCUUUUUCACAUGGAAUUGUCCAUCUUUGGCAACUUCCAUCUGCACAGUGCAGCCUACUGUAAUUUCUAGUAUGAUGUGGCUACGAGAGAGAAUGGAGAAGUUAAUAACUCCAUUCUUUUUUUUUUGAGAGGCGGGAGAUUUAUUUUAUAUCAUUGAUCUGUAUCUCUGUCUAUUUUUUAUCACAUUGGGAAUGUUAUAAACACAAUCGAGUCGCAUCAUUCCAGUCUAAAUGUGCUGGAGAUUCUGAAUCCAUUCUGUGACAGGAUGGAGUUUGUCACAUAAGGAUUGUUCUUGCAUUGUCCAUGUCCCCGCUGUGAAUUUGCCCACUGUGAAUGUCUCUUGUUGGGGACUGAAUGGAACUCACCGUCACUGAUCUCCAGAGCUGAUCUACGCUCCCUUCCCGCUUGAUAGAAGUGAGUUUUGGAUUGGGAAAAGAUAUUACCAGGGAGGACAACAUUGGUGUUGUGACAAUAUUGUUCUUGUGUUUGUUUGAAACCUACCCCCUUUUUUUAUCCAUUGCAACUUCACCAAAGAACGCGCGUUUACCAUCUGUCAAUUUCUUCCCUUUUAGUUCCUUUGGAAGCUACAAGCAAGGUAUUGGUAUAUUGACCGACGACCAUCCCUCCCUUGUGGCAAGGAUGAAUUGUCUGCAUUAUCCCCUCUAGAUGGGUUUUUCACCAGUAUCAAAAUGUAGAAUUAUCUGUAAAAUGGACACAAAAUGCUGGAGCAACUCAAUGGGUCAGGCAGCAUCUCUAGACAAAAAGAAUAGCUCGUCUUUUUUUUUACUCUGAGUCUGAAGAUGUGUUCCGACCCGAAACGUCACCUAUUCAUUUUCUCCAGAGCUAGAUAAUAGGCAAUAGGUGUAGGAGCAGGCCAUUCGGCCCUUCGCGCCAGCACGGCCAUUCAAUGUGAUCAUGGCUGAUCAUCCACAAUCAGUACCCUGUUCCUGCCUUCUCCCCAUAUCCCCUGACUGUGCUAUCUUUAAGAGCCUUAUCUAGCUCUCUCUUGAAAGUAUCCAGAGAACGGGCCUCCACUCUGAGGCAGAGAAUUCCACAGACUCACAACUCUCUGGGUGAAAAAGUGCUUCCUCGUCUCCGUUCUAAAUGGCUUAGCCCUUAUUCUUAAACUGCUGCCAGACCCACUGAGUUACUCCACCAUUUUGUGUGUACCUUCGGUGUAAACCAGCAUCUGCAGUUCCUUCCUACACAUAUCCAUAGUAGGUAAUUAUUACGACAGCACUGCCUUUCCCAGUUUUAGAUCAGAGAUGGCAGUUCGUCCCUUCCAUCGGGUUUCCAGUUCCUCACCAUUCAAUUCUGCCACGCAUUUUUCUAAAUAGUCCUUUAGACUUCAGCGAUACAGCACGGACACAAGCCCUUCGGCCCACCGAGUCCGCGCUGACCAACGAUCACCCUGUACAUUAGCACUAUCCUACACACACUAGGGACAACUUACAAUUUUUAUCAAAGUCAAUUAACUUACAAACCUGUCUAUCUUUGAAGUAUGGGGAGGAAACCGGAGCACCCGAAGAAAACCCACGCGGUCACGGGGAGAACGUGCAAACUCCGUAUGGACAGCACCUGUACUCAGGAUGGAACCCGAGUCUCUGGCGCUGUGAGGCAGCAACUCUACCACUGCGCCACCGUGCUACCAUUCCCUUCUUUUCCUUCCCUGAUCUUUAAUCUAAAACCACACAAUUUUCUCUCAACCUUCCUAAAAUGGUCACCUUAUAUCUAAGGACACUGGCCCCUAUUCUCAUGCGAUGCGUUUCAUCAAAGGCUGGAGAUCUCUGGAAGUUCCAAUUCUCUGUCCAUGUUGGAAUCCACUUUCUUUCAGAACUAAACCAUUCCAUCACGAUUUCAUGAUUUACUUUUAUUUUCUUCUCAUUCUUGCUGUCAACAAUGCUGCUGUCGAUAUUUCACUGCUCCGUUAAGGACCUUUGGGAGGGAUAUGCAACAUUUAAAAUAUAAAUGGUCAACAUGGCGGCACAGCGGUAGAGUCGCUGCCUCACAGCGCCAGGUUCGAUCCUGAUUACGGGUGGCCAUAAGGUCGUAAGGAAUAGGAGUAGAAUUAGGCCAUUCAACCCAUCAAGUCUACUCCGCCAUUCAACCAUGGCUGAUCUAUCUCUCCCUCCCAACCCCAUUCUCCUGCCACUCCCAAUAACCUCUGACACCCGUACUAAUCAAGAAUCUAGCUAUCUAUGCUUUAAAAAUAUCCAUUGACUUUGCCUCCACAGUCUUCUGUGGCAAUGAAUUCCACAGACUCACCACCCAGAUUUAUUCCAAACUAUGAAACCUGACUGUCAUCGCUUGCCAAACAAGCCCAGAAUUUGGAUUGUUUACCAUAGUUUCAAUACCGCGUACUCGAUUAUCUGUGCCUCUGCUCUGGCCCCGCUCAAAGGCAACAUUAUUCAUAAGGUCAUUAGUGAUUAGAGCAGAUUUAGGCCGUUCGGCCCGUCAAGUCUACUCCCUCAUUUAAAUCAUGGCUGAUCUAUCUCUCCUAACCCCAUUCUCCUGCCUUCUCCCCAUAACCCCUGACACCCGUACUAAUCAAGAAUCUAACUAUCUAUGCUUUAAAAAUAUCCACUGAUUUGGCCUCCACAGCCUUUCUGUGGCAAUGAAUUCCACAGAUUCACCACCCUCUGACUAAAGAGUGCUGGGCGGGAGAAGGGUGCUGGCUGUACGGAGUUUGUACGUUCACCCCAUGACCUGUGUGGGCUUUCUCUGGGUGCUCCAGUUUGCCCCCACACUCCAAAGACGUGCAGGUUUGUAGGGUAAUUGACCAGUAACAUUGUGAAUUGUCCCUAUUGUGUGUGUGUGUGUAGGAUAGUACUAGUGUAUAGGGGGGGGGGGGUCGCUGGUCCAUAGAAUGGCCUGUUUUUGCGCUGUAAUCUCUAAAUAAAAAUAUUAAGUAGAUUUUAGGAACUGAAUGGACCAAAAAAUGUGAACAUAGCUUCCUGACUCUUAUAGGAUCCAGACUGAAUGGUUACAGGGAAAUAUAUAAUUUGUACAGAUUAAUUUGAAUCAGGACUAAGUGCAAUUACAUUGGACAUCCGUAAGUUACCCCAACUAUCUUGAUCAGUUAGGGAGGUGAGGGGAGAUUUUGCAAUAUUCCCCUUUCCGAAUAUACUUGAGGAUGGGAUUGGACUAAUCAGGGAAGCCUUGAGCUUAAACGAAGUUCUAAUGCCCACUAAUGCAGCUCAGAUAAAACGGAUGGACAUUGGGCUGAGAUUGGAGUCACAAGCCACUGUAUCCGCAUCUACAACAGAGAAAUGAAAGAGUGAAAGUUGCAAGAUAAUGAGUGCCUUAAUGUACAGUAAACCCUCGUUACUACAGACCUCUUAAUAACGGAUUUUGGUUAUAGCGGACCGCCUGUUUAAGAACACAGGCUACUAGUUACACUGUGGAGGCUAUUGACAUUGGCAAGGCAUAGAAAUUGACAAGGCAUGGAAAUUGCCAAGGCAUUGAUAUUGUCAAGGCCUUGAUAUUGCCACGGCAUUUAAAUAACAAGGGCAUUGCUAUUGCCAAGGCGUUGAAAUUGCCAAUUGCGUUGAAAUUGCCAAGGCAUUGAAAUUGCCAAGGCCUUGAAAUUGCCAAGGCAUUGAUACUGUCAAGGCAUUGAUACUGUCAAGGCAUUGAAAUUGCCAAGGCGUUGAAAUUGCCAAGGCGUUGACAUUGCCAAGGCCUUGAAAUUGCCAAGCAAUCGCCUCAAUCGGCACUUUAUAAAACAUGGUAACUAACAGCCUUUGGUGUUUUUAGCUUGCAGUAACAAAAAUACAUUUUUUAGCUGUUUAAAAAUACCUUUGUGUUUGAAAACAACUCGUAGUUUCGCGGAGAGACCGCUAGGUGGCUGGAGCAAAUCCCUUACUCAGUUUUAGUGGACAACGGCAACAAUGGACACCAAUCCCCCCCCCCCCCAUGGUCUGUUAUAACAAGGGGUUACUAUAUUUUAGUCCUCCACUUUACAUUGAUUGUAAAUGCUUCUGAGAUUGAGCCGAGGAAUUGUACAUAAGCCAUAAAUCCAAAUGAGGCCCUCUUCAUUUCCCAGGGGGACUAGCUAAUAUUGUCAUGUCUCCACCAUUUGUUACCUCUCUCUGGCACAGUCUCUGCAGCUGCACCCCCACACCAACACCAUCAAAUCAUUUCUGUUUCUACUUUACUGUGAUAGAUCUGUGUGGCCUGCUAACCUGUUAGUUCCAAGGAGUAUUUUGAGUACAUUUCAACUUUUAAAGUUCGAGGGACAAUAAUUUUUUUUUUUUUUUCAAUUUCAAUCAGGUUGGUGGGAAAUGAGGUAAGGUCCACGUACAAUGUUAGGUUUCAUAGCUUCAUUUAGCAGCAAUCCUUCUACCCCACUCUUCACCAAUCCUCCGAUCUUCCACAGGCAGAAGGCCAGUAGUAUCAUGGCUUAGGGAAUAUCAUCACCUCUGACUUUAACUCCCAGUUCAUUAUCAUCCUGGUUUGUACAUAGACAACUGUUUCAUUGAGUUGAGUUUAGUUUAGAGAUAGAUUAGAGAGUCCACACUGAGUCAACACUGAUCAGCGAUCACCCGUUCACACUAGUUCUAUGUUAUCCUGCUUACUCAUCCACUCUCUGCAUACUAGGAGCAGGUUACAAUUUACAGAAGCCAACUAACCUGCAAACCUGCACGUCUUUAGGAUGUGGGAGGAAACUGGACCUUCCAGAGGGAAAAUCCAUGCGGUCAUGUGCAAACUCCGUGUAGACAGCACCCGCAGUCGGGAUCGAACCUGGGGUUCUGGUGUUGUAAGGCAGCAACUAAACCGCUGCGCCACUGUGGUCAAAAUCCUGGACAUCUCCAUCUAGUAGCAUUCUAGUCUGUAGCUCAACCAUCUGCCCCAGCAGUGUUCAUGAAGGCCUGCCGCCAAUAUCUCUUCAGCAGAACUGAGGUGACUAGUGGUGGGCCUCAGAACUCACCAUCCUCGAUCACCUGUACAUCACUCCAGACCAGCCACGGGUCAUCAAUCCCCUGGUAUCCAAGGGAAUACCUGACCUUCGGAAUCACUUCCUUGUCGAUUGGAGCUCUACCACCAAAAGAAUAAAGCAGACAUCUGAAGAAGUGUCUCGCCCCAAAACGUCACCUAUUCCUUUUCUCCAGAGAUGCUGUCUGACCCACUGAGUUACUACGGCAUUCUCUGUCUAUUAACGCAGAUUCUGGUCUUCAAUUAUGUCAACCUAAUUCAUAGCCCCCCCUUUAAGUUGCAGGUAGAGUUUUAACGAAGAUUACCUUGGGCUUGUGGAUUUCAAAGGCAAAAGUUAGGGUAAAAAUGAUUCAGGAUGGGAAAGGUGCUGCUGGAGUAACUCAGCGGGUCAGGCAGCAUCUGUGGAGAACAUGGAUAGGUGACGUUUUGGUUCAGGAUGCCUCUUCAGUCCUAUCCAUGUUCACCGCAGAUACUGCCUCACCCACUGAGUUACUCCAGCAUUUUGUGUAUUUUUUUAAGGAAUAGAGAUGUUUUUGCCCAGAGAUGUUCCUUUCAGUUAAGGUUAGGAGACACUAAGAUCGACCUCAAUGCUCCUGCACUGGAUGUUGGGGAAAGUUCACCGUGAUUUCUAGUGCCCAAUCAUACGUUCAUAAGUGAUAGGAGUAGAAUUAUGCCAUUCGGCCCAUCAAGUCUACUCCGCCAUUCAAUUAUGGCUGAUCUAUCUGUCCCUCCUAACCCCAUUCUCUUGCCUUCUCCCCUUAACCUCUGACACCCGAACUAAUCAAGAUUCUAUCUAUCUCUGCCUUAGAAAUAUCCACUGACCUGGCCUCCACAGCCGUCUGUGGCAAUUAAAUCCAUAGAUUCACCACCCUCUGACUGAAGAAAUUCCUCCUCAUCUUCUUCCUAAAGGAAUGUCCUUUAAUUCUGAACUAUGACCUGUGGUCCCUGACUCUCCCACUAGUGAAAACAUCCUCUCCACAUCCACUCUAUCCAAGCCUUUCACUCUUCGGUAAGUUUCAAUGAGUGUCCCCUCAUCCUUCUAAACUCCAGCGAGUACAGGCCCAGUGCCGUCAAACGCUCAUCGUAUGUUAACCCACUCAUUGCUGGGAUCAUUCUCGUAAAUUUAAAUGAUCAUUGCCACAAAGACUCCCCAUCCAAGUGGACAUUGGGAUCUAGGCAUUUAGCGUCCAGCCUGUGACAAAGAGAUGGUGGCAAGCUUGGACCAUGUGCUUAGAUGGAGUAGGGAUCACAGUUGGCUUGGGUGGUGCAACGGGCAGAGUGCCUCUCAGCGCCAGAAACCCGGGUCCCCAUCCUGACCUCGGGUGCUAUCUGUGUGGAGUUUGCACGUUCUCCCUUUGUGACCGUGUGGGUUUCCUCCUGGUUCUCCCGGUUUCGUCCCAAAGAUGUGUGGGUUUGUCGGUUAAUUCCCCUCAGGUAUGCGGGGAGAAGAGAAAGUGGGCCAACAUAGAACUAGUGUGAACGGGUGAUCGAUGGUUAGCAUGGACCCGGUGGGCUGAAGGCUCUGUUUCCAUGCUGCAUCGUUCAAUCUAUUCAAUAAUUGAUGCAGGCAUGAGAUUACACCUCAACAAAGUAGAACAGCUUGGGAGGGGACUGGGGGAGUAAAAUGUGGUUUGAAAGUUGUCACUUUAUGUGAGGGGGAGGUAUUGGACUGCAUUGAACAUCAGACAAGAAGCAGUAGGGCAAAUUUCACUGAAUUAUGUUUGAAACAUGGUGAGUUAAAACAGCAUGUUGGAUUGUAAGUUUUUUUUUUUUUAAUGCAUCUAUUUGUCUUUAUUCCACUGCCUGACUGCAAAGAAGCCUUUUACUGAAUACAUUCCAAAGAGAUCAAGUUUUUUUGAAUCUCAGUGAAUCUGUAUAGAGGUGAGAUAAUUUCCUUACUUUAUAUUUGUGUGUGUGUGUGUGGUGUUUGUGCGUAUGUGAGCGAGAGAGAGAAUGAGAGAGAGUGAGAGAUAUUGUUUAAAAAGGGAGAACUUGCCUUAAAUAUAUAAAUCAAUGGCCUUUUAUUGACUUGCAUUUGUUCUCUUACUGCUUGUGACUUGAACUUUUGUUUUGGAGAAAAACACUGAAAAUAAACGAGAAAAUAAUGUAUUUUAAAA